UAUUGUCUGUGGAGAUAAUUAUGAAACAGUCUCACCUGUGCAGGUAGAUGAAUAAUACGAUAACACCAUUGAAAUAGGGUGUGGCGGUCUCUCUUUCCUACACAAAAAAAGAACGUUUUUACUAUGUUUUAAGAGGGAAAACAUUAAUAUUGAGGAGUUCCAACAAGAAACACGUGCGAGAUGUACUAUAAUGUCUGCUGGGAAUUCCUGUGCACAACAUGGAAUACAUCAUCACUUUGAUAAUUCAAAUCCAUUGUUGAUUAAAAAGCAGACAGACUCUGUGUUUUGUGUUUCCAAAGGUAAAAACAAGGACGAAACCACAGCAGAAAGAAGUAAAGACGACAUCGUGUCCUCUGUUUCUGUCGAGGAACGCCGACUUAAAUUUGUAUCGAAAAGAUCUCGGUCAUUCAAAAACUUGUUUUUCAAUACUAAAAACUCUGAGAAUCAGACAGAUACUGACCCGUCAACAUCGAUCAAAACAAAGAGUAAAUUCGGAAGUCUGGUAAACAAACAUCUUUUACCCAUAAAGUUUUUGUCAUCGUUAAAAGAAGGACAAAAAAAGGCUGCUAUACAUACAAAUAUUUCUUGUCCUGAUUUAAAUCAACCAGUAACUCCAAUAGAAGUAGAUAUAGCCGUUCGUCCAAAAAGUGCAAACCUUCAUACUGAAACAAAAGUAGAGCGAAUAACUCCUAAUCUAUUAACGGUUUCAUCAUCGACAAAAACAUCAAUCCGCAAUCUUUCACUUCCACCUACAAGUUCGCCAAAAUCUGACUUUUUAUUUACAACAUCGUUCACUCAUUCCAUUUCAAAACAUCAGUGUAAAAGUGUUCAGGAAUUAGAGAAAAACAACUUAUCGGUUUUCAAACAAAAGUUGAGACGAAGCUAUUCAGACCAACCAAAUAUUGGCAAAAGUCGAUCUCCUACCCUUCCAUUUCGAGUUGAAAGGACCGGAAGUAACCUAAACCUAAAUAUAUCAACCUGCUUACAAUCUAAAAUGUUCCGGAACGAAUACGUUUCUCAAUUACUGGACUAUGUGUAUAUUGGAAGCGUUGAAUCUGCUUAUAAUGAGCCUUUACUGUGUAAACUGAAGAUAGAUUCCCUUGUUGACAUGAGUAAUAUGUCUGCCUCUCAAGUUCCAUCAAACAAAAAACUGCAUUGUCCAUGUCUUUGUGGGAAUGACUCUCGCCAUUUUCGCUCACGGCUGAUAAUUCGUCUUGACGACAAGGAGACCGAAGAUAUCGAACAGUACUUUGAUGAAAUAAACAAAUUUGUUGAUAGCUCCAAGCGAUGUGGAAGGCGAGUUUUAAUUUUUAGUUAUCACGGCAAUUCGCGUGCGCCAGCUGCAGCUAUCCAAUAUAUGAUGAAACAAGAAGAAUUUCUGCUCAGACAAGCAUACAAUCUCGUCAAGAAUCAAAGGCCGUCGGUAGAAAUCAAUCAAGGAUUCCAGGAUACACUUGAAGACCUUGAGCGGCGAAUAUUUCCGGAAGCCAAGCCGUCUGUUUCCUUUGGGAAUGACUACUUAAACAUUGCGGAUCCACAGGCAAUCAAAUGUGCUUGGAUCGAUUGUGAUACUUAGAUAUUUGUCAUAAUUACGGGGAUAUAACACAUAUUAUUGUCAUAACUGUGAUGUCAUAAUAACGGGGAUAUAACACAUGUUAUUGUAAUAGCUGUGAGAAUUUUCAAUUGAUUUUUCUGAGUUCUUUCAAAACAUAUGUAACACUUGUUAUGGGUCUCGCAUUCAUAUGGUCAGAAACCCUUAAAGCUAAAUAUCUGUUAUGUUCCAACUUAUCUAAGCCAUGACUGUCCUUUUUUGUGUUAAUGAUCAUAAUCCAGGACUUUAAUUAUUGAUACAAAAUAAAUUUAUUAUUGAUUAUACUA